AUUUAAAAACGGAGGGAGUAAUAUGCUUUUUAAAGAUGACAAGUAUUUAGAAAAGGAGGGAGCAUGGUUUUUUAACAAUUUGCCGAGAAAAAAAAGUUUUAUCGGUUCAAUGACUUUAUAUCAGUCCAUGUAUAAUGCCUUUCUGAGUUUCAGUUUAGCUUCUUUCCUAGUUUUUCUAACCAUAGUUAAACAGUAUAUCUCUCUUCCAUUCUAUGAGAUCUCCCAUCAAAGAUCCAUUUUUCAGGAUAAUUUGGUAAAAUAAAAUUGGUACCGUAGAAUUAAUAAACUUAUCCAAGUCCUGCAUCUUUUUCUAUGCUGGAAAUGAUUGAGUUUUCUCAUAAGAAAUUUUUUCUGUCAAAUUGAAUAAAUAAAAAGGGGAAAAAGAUUGGGUUUUUACCAGUUUCCAGAGCUGCAGAAUGGACUCAUGGAUCCCAGCAACACCGGGGAAUCCAGGAUUUGUGAAAUCUCCACCAAUUUGCAGUGACAGGCAGGAAAAUCAGCAAGGUCAAGUGGAUUGGUCAGAUUUGCAAAGAAAACAAGCACUGGGACAUACGGCUGGCGCCACCGGGGAAGCACAGAAUGCGGCAGCAUACUGUGGUUCAACAAGUUCAGUGACAGUAGAUCAGUGCUUCAUUACCUCGGAAGCAGCAGUGGGAGCAAAGUCCAAAAUGGAUGGAGGUGGAAUAAAUAUGUACAAUAACUUCCCUAGUGAUAAUGUAGACAUGUGGAGCAAUGUGUCUUUUGGAGAUCUGUUGAUGAUGGCACAGGCUGGUGGCACCACGCCAGCAGAUGAAACAGCGAAUAGAGUGAAGAGUUCUUUCAACCCAUUCCUGAAUUCUGAGAAUGCAGGUGAAAGCUCUAUUUUUUCCAGCUUCCCUUUCAACUUGAAUACACCAUCAAGAAUGACGGAUGCAGCCUUGAGCGGAAACAUCCCUUUCCAGUUCGAACCAGUAACACCAAGUCUGAUCAAGAGUAAAGGGCAAGCAUCUAAUGCAUCAAACCUAGAUAAUAAUGUGACAACAGCAGCAAGAGUUGGACAGCCGAAUGAGGAUACAAUAAAGAGAGCUGAAGCAAAUGAACUCCAACAGAAUAAAGAUCAGUCAGAGCUGAUCCUGAAUCAAUCACAAUUGCAGGAGUAUCACAAGCCAGAGAAGGAAGGCAAACAGGAUAGUGAACUGAAUAAUACACCAGAGCAAAAACCAAGAAGAAGAAAGCACAGGCCCAAAGUGGUUGUAGAAGGCAAACCUAAAAGGACUCCAAAACCAAGAACACCAAAGCAACCUGGUUCAGAAGAGACAAAAAAAGAAAAGAGGAAGUAUGUCCGAAGAAACAAGAUUGGCGGGCCUGCAGCCACUUCUGCAGAGGAGGUAAACCAUACAAUUUGUCACGAGGGAAAGCCACCUAGUUCCCAAAAAAAUCCAACAGCAAAAAGGAAGUAUGUCAGAAGAAAUCAAGUGAACAAGAGCACAGAAAAACCCUCUGAAGAUGGAAGCAGUGGAACAAUUGGCAGACCUACAGCCACUCCUGCAGAAGAGGCAAACAAUACAAUUUGUCACGAGGGAAAGCCUCCUAGUUCCGAAGAAACUCCAACAGCAAAGAGGAAUGUUAGAAGAAAUCAAGCUAACAAGAGCACAGGAAAACCCUCUGGAGAGGGAAGCAGCGGAACAACUGAUCCUACAGAACUUUCUCUUUCUAGAAAAUCCCGCAAGAGAUCGUUGAUUUCUGAAUUCGACAGCUUAGCAAGUGAUGAGUACAGUCAAUCAACGUUGGAUUUGCAUGCAAAUAAUUCAGGGUCAACUGCACAAUCUGCAGAGUCUGUACAGCUUGGACAAGGUAAAGAAGCAACAAGUGAAGAGACAAAGGUGGGCAUAACUUAUAACAUCACCUGCACCCUGAACCAGGAGGUGAGAAAUUACUUGUCUCUGCCUAGAACGCAGUACCCUGGUCCUCCCACUCCGGACAAGGUUGGCUGGAAUCAUGACAAAGUCAUGGUUGGUACUCAAAAUGAAAGCACAAGUGGAAAUAGCAGAAUCAUUUGUUCAGAUUUAACUUAUGAUAAACAGGCACGCAUACUACAAAUGACACCACAGAGACCAAAUUGUUCCAACUGCAGCAGCAGUGCAUGCUUGCCACAUGGGAAAGGCUUGAAAAGACAGCACUCAUGUAGAUCUGAUGAAGCACAAUUAUACGGCAUAAAUGCCAGAGGAGCAUAUUUCAAUUCUAUGCAGGCUUAUCAACCAAUCCUUCCAGCAAAUAAACCUGAUGUUUAUAGUAAUGUAGGCAUGCAUUUUCCUGCUAUUUACAAGAAAAAGAGACCAGAAAAGGGCCACAGCUCAACAUCAUCUUACAUUAAGCUCUUUACUGGGGAAACUAACUAUGUGCCUUCCUCUCAGUGCAAUUUCCGUGGUUCCCCUAGCAACAAUUCUGCAACCAAUAUAGGCAUUAAUGGAAUGUGGUAUUCCAAUGUUAUGCCAGCAUUUGUCGAAGCAGAGAGGUUAAGGAGGAGAUCAAACGGCGCAGCUCAAGUACAAGAAUUUGCUUCUCUACAUGAAAUUUACAAACAAUUUCCAACAUCUACAUCCAAAGAAGCAACAAAAUAUGGAAUUGGAGAAAGAUAUAAAACUUCAAAUCUGUCCAGUGCAUGCAUGGGAGCUCCAAUUGCAGAUGCCCCAACAGCAAUGAAGACAAAAAGGCGGUCAAACAAGAGCAUCCUUGUCAGCUCUGCAGCUUUCGACAUGCAUACCCAUCAACAUUUCAGAAAAAAUGCAAGGGGUUCUCUGCCAGCUUUAACAUGGAGAGGCAUGUCUCCAAUCAAUGAAAUUGCAGAACGCUUGCGGCAUCUUGAUUUAAAUAGAGAAGGCAGCCAAAAUCAAGGUCAAUAUGGAAUCAUCAACUACCGCACCAAGUUACAAAGGGAGAGUGCCCUUGUUCUUUAUCAAAGAGAUGGAAGUAUUGUCCCUUUUGGAGGUUCAUUAGUUAGGAAACGCAAACCGCGUGCAAAAGUUGAUAUUGACGAUGAGACUGAUAGGGUAUGGAAGCUUUUGCUGCAAGAUAUAAACAGUGAAGGAAUUGAUGGAACAGACGAAGAAAAGGCAAAAUGGUGGGAUGAAGAACGUAGAGUGUUUAAUAGUAGAGCAGACUCAUUUAUUGCACGCAUGCGUCUUGUCCAAGGAGACCGGCGCUUCUCACCUUGGAAGGGAUCUGUUGUGGACUCCGUUGUUGGGGUAUAUCUUACACAGAAUGUUUCAGAUCACCUUUCUAGUUCUGCAUUCAUGUCACUCGCUGCUCACUUUCCUCUGAAGACAGACAGUAAUCAGAAGCAUGAAGGAAACACGGGUAUUAUAAUUGAAGAACCCGAAGAGUGUGCAACAAAGCCCAAUGUUUCUAUCAGAUGGUAUGAAGAUCAACCAAACCGAUCAACCGGUUGUCAGGAUUCUUCAGGAGUCUACAACACAGAUUCAAGUGAAGAAAAAGCAGCUGUCAAUGGCUCUGAAUCAAGUGCUAAUAGCACCCAAUGCAUUAAGUCAGCAGAAUGUUCUGUAAUCCUGCAAUCAGAUUCUUCUAGAGAAGGCUCAGAUCUGUAUCAUGAAUCAACAGUUAUGGGUUUCCAAGAUCGAAAAGAAUUGAAUGAUUUGCCUUCUUCCCCGAGUUCCGUAGUUUCUUCUGAGAACUCAGCAGUUAUUCAAUCUUCAGAAGGGACUGACUCGAGCAACUUUUGCAGCUCCACUUCUUUUUUGAAGCUAUUACAUAUGGCAGGAACUUCAGGAGCACAAGGAACCAGGUGCACUGAACAUUCACAAGAAGGUGAAAACUUUCCAUUACUUGGCAAAGAACUUAGUGCACCGAAACUAAGUGGACUGUCGGCAGAAUCUGUACAUUCAGCACUCUAUGCAAUGAACCCUCAAAAUAAGUUGGACAUAGAGACAGUUAAUGAUGCAGAAGUCAAUGUUGACCUACAAUUUCAAACUGAAGAUAGCAAUUGUAGUGUCCAGCAAGUUACAGAAGCCACAGCCUUUUCAGAAACCAUUGCAGAUGUCACAGAAAGGGCCAGCGUAGUUUUUGAUUCAUGUAAGUCUGAGCAAAGAGUUUUGGAGUCAAACUUGAAAAAUGACAGUAGUCAUGUUUCUAGCAAAGUAGACAAAGUAAAUGACAAUCCCUCUAAAGCAAAAAGCGGACGGCCUGGGAAGGAAAAAGAGAACAUUGAUUGGGACAGCUUACGGUUACAAGCCCAGGCAAACGGCAAGAAAAGAGAAAGGACAAAAAACACAAUGGAUUCACUGGACUAUGAAGCAGUGAGGCGUGCAAAUGUCAAUGAAGUAGCCCACACAAUUAGAGAACGAGGAAUGAACAACAAGCUGGCAGAGAGAAUCAAGGCUUUUCUUGACCGGAUUGUCAGUGACCAUGGAAGCAUUGAUCUUGAAUGGCUGAGAGAUGUUCCACCAGACAAAGCAAAAGAGUAUCUACUGAGCAUAAGGGGCUUGGGUCUAAAGAGCGUGGAGUGUGUGAGACUUUUAACACUUCACCACCUUGCUUUCCCUGUUGACGUAAAUGUAGGGCGUAUAGCUGUCAGACUAGGAUGGGUGCCCCUGCAGCCGUUGCCUGAGUCACUACAGUUGCAUCUUCUGGAACUGUACCCAAUACUGGAGUCAAUUCAGCAGUACCUCUGGCCACGUCUCUGCAAGCUUGACCAAAAAACAUUAUAUGAGUUACAUUAUCAUAUGAUCACCUUUGGGAAGGUCUUCUGCACAAAAAGCAAACCCAAUUGCAAUGCAUGCCCUCUGAGAGGAGAAUGCAGACACUUUGCAAGUGCAUUUGCAAGUGCAAGGCUUGCCCUUCCUGCACCGGAAGAGAAAAGCAUUGUGCAGGCAACAGAAGACAAAGCUGCUAAUGACAAUCCAAGGGAAAACUUUACUCACCUGCCUCUGCCAUUACCUCCGGGUAAUCAACAACCAUUUGAGCAUCAGAAAUUGAUCGAUUCAGCUCCUAUUAUUGAAGUGCCAGCAACACCAGAGCCCAUUGUUGAAGUUCCUACCACGCCUGAGCAAGAGCAAAUACAAGCACCAGAAAUCGACAUAGAGGACUUUGAAGACCCUAAUGAAAUUCCUAUGAUUGAAUUGAAUAUGACAGAGUUCACUCAGAAUGUAAAGAAGUAUGUGGAGAAAAACAUGCAGCUUCAUCAGGUAGAAAUGUCGAAUGCCUUGGUAGCCUUAACUUCAGAAGCUGCAUCAAUUCCCACGCCUAAACUUAAGAAUGUUAGCCGGCUCAGAACUGAACAUCAAGUCUAUGAACUUCCAGAUUCUCAUCCUCUUUUGGAAGGGAUGGACAAAAGAGAACCAGAUGAUCCUUCUUCCUAUCUUCUUGCUAUUUGGACACCAGGUGAAACAGCAAAUUCUAUGCAACCUCCAGAAACUCAGUGCAACUCUCAAGAAUCUGGCAAACUAUGUGAAAAUGAGACUUGUUCCUCAUGCAACAGUAUACGUGAAGCACAUUCUCAAAUAGUAAGAGGGACUAUUCUGAUACCAUGUCGAACAGCUACGAGAGGAAGCUUUCCACUCAAUGGUACAUACUUUCAGGUCAAUGAGGUGUUCGCUGACCAUGAUUCCAGCCUUAAUCCAAUCAAUGUCCCAAGGGAUUGGCUGUGGAAUCUCCCACGACGGACUGUCUACUUUGGAACCUCAAUACCCACGAUAUUCAAAGGCCUAAACACAGAAAGUAUCCAACACUGCUUUUGGAGAGGGUUUGUUUGUGUGCGAGGAUUUGAUCAGAAGACACGAGCACCUCGACCACUAUUGGCAAGGUUUCACUUUCCAGCCAGCAAGUUAAAGACUAAUGGAAAAACAAAUGAAGACAAAGGAGUAGCCUCCUAAAUAUGGCUAGCCAGGUACUCAUGCCAAAGUCAAACAAGCUAACAAUAUUCAAUAUCAUGCAGUUCAAAACCAGAUGGUAAGAAGAUAGAUAUCUAUCUGGUUGACUUGUAAAUGAGAUGAUAAAUAUUUUUUGUAGGCAAGAGUUAUGGAGUUUUCUUUAGUUAGCAACAAUUUAUUGAAUUAUUCAAUAGGUUUAUUCCCAUUUA